CCAUUGCUCAAAUAAAAGGCACACGCAUUUCUCUUCAUCCCACCACAAUUCCACUCUUUCUUAUUUUCAUUUCCAGAUAAUUUUCUCUACUUGUUUCCAGUCGCAAUUGUAUUUCCGAAUAAGUUUAUCUGAAUUGUCAAGAAAAUCCGGUGAUUUUAGUUUUAUCAGAUGGAAGAUCGCAAGGAGAGGAAUGCGCCAUGGCUAUCCGUCCCACAGUUUGGGGACUGGGACCAAAAGGGACCAUUACCUGACUAUUCCAUGGAUUUCUCGAAAAUAAGAGAGAUGAGGAAGCAAAACAAGAGGGACCCUUCAAGAGCUAGUCUUGGGAACGAGGAAGAACUAAUCCCUUCUUCGACCACAAGAGACACCACCGCUGCUCGUCACAAUGAUCAGCACGACUAUCACCAGAACAACUCCCCAACGGGGAGGCGGAGCAUCUUCAGCUACUUUAACUGUUGCGUCAAGGCGUGAUUCGUGAUAGGGUGCUCCAUUUCUUGUUGUAUGUUUGAUGGUGUAAUCGAAUGUUGUAAUUUACCUAGGGCUUUGACGAUUGGUUGUGGCUAGAGUUGAAUAAUUGAUUUUCGACUCUGGAGUCCUUCUCAAUUUCACCUAAUUAACCUAUCCUUUUUAAGCUGAUA